UGAAUCAAUCUUCUUUCUUCCAAAUGUAUCAGACCAAUCCUUCCAUCAACCAACUAAGCUGCUAGCCGGCACGCCCCGUCCCGAUCACACCUGCAGCUGAACACAAUGGUGUUUCUUGUUGUUCACCCGGUGUUUCGUCUGUCCUCCGUACACUCACUUUCAUUGAGACUAGUAGCGUUGUCCCGUGGCGAGGAUGGCAGCCCCACAGAUCUAUCGCAUGGAUGUAUCACAACACGGCUGCAGUUGCCAGGAAGAAAGAGAAGAAAAAGAAGAAGAGGAAAGAGGAAAAAAAAACAUGGACACCUCGAAAAUGAUAUACGACAAACCAACUCAUUCCAUUGCACCGCCAGCGCUCAUUCAAGUUCAUAUUUCAUCUCUUGCCUGGAGAAAUCGCUUACCACUAAACUCUCUGCUCCAGGUACCUCAAUUUUCAUGCACCAAUGCCAUAACGACAAAUGCAUCAUGGUCGAAUCGCACCACCACCCAUUUGUUUUCUUUUUCGCUCGCCAGAAAGUGGGUGAUAUGUCAUAUCUCUAGUUUGCAGCACCAGCGCUAAUAUUGCGCCCCUCCGUAUCCCUUCCUGGAGCCCAGAUGGUCGAUCCUUCCAUUAAAGCCUUUCCCGGAACUCUGG